UCACACACACAACUUGAGUUCUCCAUUUUUUUUUUGUAAUUACCUAUAUUAUAUAAAUGUUAUUUACCAUUAGAAUACUCGACUAGAGUUGUAAAAUUCUAAAAAAAAAUCUAAAGAUCACAAUCGCGAAAUGGGAGAAAACGUAACGUUUCUGUUCGACUUGGUCGUCACCCAUUUGGAGAUUUUUAACGUGCAAAUCGAGGAUCCAUUGAAGCUUCUGGUGGAGACCAAGGUUGCGGGAAAGUCUGUGAAGGUGACUUCCAGUCGGCUAAAUGUCAACCAGUUUGUGGCCAACAGAGAGUUAGAGUUGGCAGUGGAGCCUUCGACCCUGCGUCAAGUUUUGGAGGAGAAGGGAAUGACGAUGGGUUCCGUUUACCAGGGUUCAACCCUGGGCACCGCCACCAUGAUCUUCCCCCUGGAGUUUCUCGACAAGAUCAGCUCCACCAUGAACGAUCUGCUGCAUGAGGAGACACUAGAUCUGGUCCGCCGAGCCGACGUCGUAGGCACCAUAAGCAUUCUCAUCCGUUUGACUCUGAAGUGCGAGUAUCCUCCAGAGAAUCAGCCACUGAGGAAAAGCGUUUCCCGCGCCAGUAGAUUGUCUCUGAUUGCGCCGAGGAAGACAACAAAGAGUGGACCAGAGAGUUGUGCCAGCCAGGGACCGACCAUGAAUCCCCAGGAUGUGAUGUUCCUCUUCGGCGAUCCAGAUCCUCUGCUGAAAGUUCCAUCCGAACCUUGUUCGGAACUUCCGCCGCAGGAGGGAGAUGAGCGUCUGUUUCUGGACUUGGAGCGCUAUAAGAGCUGAAAUCGAAGGGCAACUUUCCCGAAAGAUGAUCCCUGUCCCAGGGAGAAACCCUCCUUCACCAAGCUAAAGCAGCUCACCCAGGAGUACUCAAAUAUCAUAGAUUCUGUGGCGGGGAAGGUUAAGCAUAUGGAAUUGCCCACAAGUUCGGUGUUUACAGAGCUUCCUAGUGAGGCGACUGUGGCCACUCCAGUUCGCACUCCAAGGACUCCAGAUCCCACUCCCAAGGAACGCUGUAUUCCAGUUCCGAUGAGGUCUGAUCUAGAACAUGGAGUGAAACCCAUACGAUUUUGUCCUGUCUGCUUGUGCUCAAUGUCCUGGAUGCCGAAGUUUGCCCAAUGUCCUCAAUGCUAUACCAAAGCUCUACCUUUCCUGCAAGGACAUCCGAAUGAAAGCUUGACGGCGGAUGAUGUCAUGGCCGAGCAGCUGUGAGACCGGUGGCAUCGCCAGGAGCCGAGACUUUUGUGACCCACCUGUGACAAGGUUCGAAGACGGAAUUUCAUCGAGAAUGAGUGUCCACCUUGCCGUUGCACCUGCACGGCGGGAAAGAUGUGUGCCCACUGUCGAAUCCGCAAGAUGUGCGAGGACAUUUCAGGUGAGAAGCCACCGGAACCAACGUUUCGCAAACCCGAACCCCGUUCCAGUGAAGACUUUUGCUUGAUCACAGAGCACAAGGAUGAUGAUCUCCCUUACCUGUCAAAGGUGUUCACCGAGCUGAAGCAUCUCUACCACCUGCACGACUCCAAGAAGCUGUCGGCUAUUAAGGAGCGUUGCGAAGCCAAGUCGCUGUUCACGCUCCAUGGCAGGCGUUCCAUCAAGGAGCUAACGGAGUCGCUGUACCAGGGAGACAAGUUCACCGGCGGGGUCAGUCAUCCUCCAAAGGCUGGUCACAAAGAGUGCCUUCCACACACCAGUGUGGUGUCCCGCCGACAUGGUUGGAAUUGGACCAAGAGCUGCGAGGCCCGAAAAAAUGGUUGGCGACCUGGAGCCAUCUUGCGAUCAUCCGGCCAUGUGAUGCGUCACUUCCUGUGCAACAGAGAUAGCAACGUUUGCCGCAAGGUAAGAGCCGAGCAGGAGGAUCAGCAGCUAUAUGGUCACCCAGUGCUCAACAUUUGCAAGCGGAAAGGUGAAAUAUUCGUGACCCUUCCACUGGCCACUUUGGGCAUGAAACAGAAUCCCAUCACUUUCAAGAUUGUAAAGAGCGAAAUGGCCGUGGCACUGCGGCAGAUAAAACGUGCUCUGAAGAAUCAGGGCUUUGAGAAGUGCACCUGUCACCAGUCGUUAAUGAUGUGCACGUGUCGCGAUGUCUUGGAUAAAUUUCUCCUCAAUAAGGCCCUGAAAAAAGAGUCGAAGCGUUCAAUAGAGCCCUGUCCCGAUCAUCUGGUGCUCACAGAUACAAGUGUUAGCGAUUUAGAGUUUGAUCUGGAUGACCCGCCAGCAGGGACUACAAACCCGAAGAGAAAAGCCCUGCGAAACAUGGUGAAUCAUAGUACCCAGACUGGGAAGAAAGGGCCACCAAAGAUAGCUCCCGAAUACCCAGUGCGCGAUAGUCUAUGGAGGGCCUACGAUUGUGGCGGAUAUCGCUACAUGGGCACACCUUUUGGGAACAAUAUAGAAACCGUCUAUGAGGAUGGAAUCUAUGGAUACCGGGGAGGAGGUCAGCAUGGAAGUCCCGUCGUUUGGAGGCAUCCAAAGGUUUGGGGCAAGAAGGCCGGAGCACCACUGCGAAUUGGAACCGCUCGAGACGCCAUCGAUCCGUAUCGGUUCACAAAAACUGUGUGGAAGGGACUACCGCGGAAAUAAUACGCAAAAUGCGAGCCAAAUCAAA